UGUUGAUUAACGGUUACACUUAUAAAUUGAACCCAAGUUAAUUUAAGAGCAUUUUUCAAUUGGAUUGCAAGUUUCGCACAAGUGCUUUUUUGUAAAAGUGGGAUUUCAUCAUGAAAAUUUAAAAUCGCAUCAUCGUAUAAUUGAUAGCCGAGACUUGUGUUCCAGUUGAAAAUUGAUGCCAAAUCGUUUGAGUAUGCUCUAGUACGUGCUCGAUAAGAGCGAGGAUCUAGUUGCUACUAUCAGAGUGUCACACAAACGAGACGUUUACAAAUCAAAAAAAUGGUUUCCAAUCAAAGCAUAUCGCGAGCAGUGUAUGUUUUAGGCAUUUUAUUAUUAGUUCAAAGUCAAAUAUCACAAGCUGACAACAGUUGGGACACACAGUGGCAAUAUGAACCAAAGUGCGAUAAAAACGAUACAGAUGUUGAGUGUUUAAUCAUGCACAUGGACGCAUCAAACUUCAUCAACUUAACAAUAACCAAUUUAAACGUAACUGAAUUGAAAAACAAAGACGCAAAAAUUCGCAUUGUUAGUACUGCCGAUCUGUUACAAGUGUCAAAAGAAAUUCCAUUGAAUGAAAUCAAUGAAGGCGUAUGGAAAGGAUCGUUCGAAAUUUUUGCGAGUUUUAUUGGAAAAGCAAAUAUUUAUGUAGAAAUUGUUAAACACAGUGAUGGUGCCAAUGUAACCGAACAAUCCAAAAAAUUACUCGUGGUCAUUGUCAGGCCAGAAAGAUGGAUUGAUACACUCUUCAUCAUAUCCGUUGCAACACUAGUAUCCAUGUUGUAUAUCAACUUUGGUGCAGCGUUGGAUUUAAGAAAGGUUUCAGGUGUUUUGAAGAAACCAAUUGGACCGGCCAUCGCAUUCUGUUGUCACUUUUUAUUUUUGCCAUUGUCAAGUUAUGUGAUCGGAUUGUUGCUAUUUCCUUCCAAUGCUGAAAUGCAACUUGGCCUAUUUUUCACUGGAGCCAGUCCCGCUGGUGGAGCGAGCAAUACAUGGACCGUAAUACUUGGUGGCAAUCUCGAUGCAUCUAUUACGAUGAGUACAACAAGCACAUUGUCGGCAUUCUUAAUGACGCCUUUGUGGAUAUUUACUCUCGGCAAAACGAUUUUUGAUCGUGGAAAUUUAAAAGUGCCGUACGGUCAAAUUGCUUCUUCCGUCUUUAGUUUGAUCAUUCCGCUUUGUAUUGGAUUGUUAAUUCAACGAUAUUGCCCACGUGUAGCACGUUUCUUAGUACGAAUUUUAAAGACAUGUUCAGCUCUUUUAAUUCUUUUUAUCGUUAUUUUUGCAAUUUUGACAAAUUUAUACCUAUUUAAAUUAUUUACAUGGGAGAUAGUUGUAGCUGGCUUGUUAUUGCCAUGGUUGGGUUACUUCGUUGGAUGGUUAGCAGCAUUGCUAUGCCGACAGGAGUAUGAAGAUCGUUUGGCCAUCUCCAUUGAGGCUGGCAUUCAAAAUACAGGAAUUGCAAUUUUUGUUCUUCGUAAUGCAUUGAAUCAACCGGAAGCCGAUUUGACCACCGUUAUUCCCGUCUCUGUCGCUAUAAUGACACCAUUUCCGUUAAUUGCAUUUUAUCUGUGUCUCAAGUGUCGUGAAUGGAUUUAUCGUCGACGUUCGCGUGAAUUUCCAGCCGAGAUAAAGGAAUGCAUACAAUCACAAGAGAGCGGAGUUUAUUAGAAAGUACAACACAAAAUAUAGAAAAUAAUUAUCAUAUCAUGGUUGCGGUAUAUUUUAGAUAGAAGUUUUAUUUAUUUGUUUAUUUUGGUUGCACCGACGGUUUUAUAUUAUAUGUGAUUGAAGAGACAAUGUAAAAGCCUAAACAGCAUCCGCAGAGACUGAUCAGUUAGCCUUUUACAGUGUUUACAUACCGAUACAUCGCAUCUUUGGGAGAUUUUUUUUAUUUCGAUUUCGUUUUUUUUUUUUAAAUAUAAAAUAAAUUAGGGAAACUCAGAUGAAUGUUGCUCAUACAGGUUGUUGAAAAGUUUAUUGUUUUAAUUUGUAUCAUAUAUUGUUACUUAGUGCAUUUUAAGUAAACAAAGCAGAAAAAAGACCAACCAGCAUAUUUAGGAGCUUCCGUAGAAUCAAUAAUCAUUGUGAUGAAUUGUUACAAAAAAGAAACAGAAAUUGAUAUAAAAAAGAGAGGAACAUAUAUUUUUUUAAGAGAAAUAUUUGAAUAAACAAAAAAAAAAUUGUGAAUGAACUUAUA